AUGUCUUUCUUCGCCAAGCCAGAAGACUUCGAUCAAUGGGAACGCGACUGUAUAGCCAAGGCAAGGUCCCUAGACCUAUGGGAAUACCUAGACCCCAAGAACAGAAAGGCCUGGCCAACAGAACCACAACCACCACGAUAUUACGACUACCCUACCAGGGCCAAUACCGACGAAGCUUUGACGCUGGUGGACCUCACGACCGAAGGAAAGGCCUCCUUUACAUCAGACUGGAACAUAUAUACGCAAGUGGAUAAGAAAUACAUGGAACACAGACGGAACGUCAAGGAAAUGACCUCAUGGAUGCAGGAUACUAUUGCCCCAAACUAUAGGCUAGCGUUCCUAAAGCCUAAGGAAGAGAUUCGCCAGUGGUACAACAACAUCUGCAAGAUCGGCGCUGCUGCUCAAGCAAGUAUUAAAAGGGAAACAAGAGCGCAAUAUAGGGCAAUGGUAUCCAAGCCCUUAACCAAAGUCCCAAACCUAUCAGUAUGGGUAAACAACUGGGCAAAGGAAUCGAGAAAGGACUCGUAGAGCUUGAGUCUUCAGAAACCCUAGUUUCUGACCUGGAAUACACAUUUAAAGGAGUGAUCCCAGAUUGGACCACUAGCUACAGAAUGGUUAACCAGACUGCAAUCCAAGCAGAGCAACUAACCUAUAUCGAUAUAGCAGCAGCACUAAGGCAAUAUGCCUUAACAUGCUUAUCACCUUUAAAGAGUAGCCGGACACUUAAAGGAGCAUUCCCUACCUAUAGUACCAACGAAUAUAAAGAAACCGAUAAGGACGAUCAGGUUUAAAAUUAUAAAAAGGUAAAUAUUAACAGUUAAGGAUUUAAAG